AUGUCGCUAUCAAUCCCAGGUCCCUCCCAGGCGGGGCUCUUCAAACCCGGGUACCAGAGCCACGAUGCCGAAGAUGGAGCCGUUAUCCGUAACAUCGAAGCCUGCCAGGCUAUCUCAGGAACCGUCCAGACCUCCCUGGGUCCCUAUGGCCGUAACAAGAUCGUCAUCAACCACCUGCAAAAGAUGAUUCUGACCUCCGACGCGGCUACGAUCCUUCGUGAGUUGGAUGUUGUUCACCCCGCUGCUAAGCUGCUUGUUAUGGCGAGUCAGCAGCAGGAUGCGGAGAUGGGUGAUGGUACCAACUUGGUUAUUGUGUUGGCCGGUGAAUUGUUGAAGAAGGCAGAGGAGUUGAUCCGUAUGGGUCUCAAGACGAGUGAUAUUGUUUCCGGAUACGAGAAGGCUCAGAACUUUGCCUUGUCCGUUCUCGAGGAGCUCGAGGUCGACAGACUCCAGGAUAUGCGAUCGGCAACAGAAUUGAGCAAGGCUCUCCGCACAGUUGUGGCUGCUAAGCAGUCCGGUACGGAGGAUGCUUUGGCUGCGUUGGUUGCGGAGGCGGUUCUGGCUGUGUUGCCCAAGAACCCCCUUAACUUCAACGUCGACAACGUGCGAGUCGUUAAGAUCAUGGGUGGUAGCUUGGAACAGUCGAAAGUGGUGAAGGGUAUGGUCUUCCCCCGGGAGCCCGAUGGAACUAUCAAGAAGGCCAGCAAGGCCAAGGUCGGCGUUUUCAGCUGCCCCAUCGAUAUCAGCCAGACCGAGACCAAGGGCACAGUUCUCUUGAAGAAUGCUAAGGAGAUGAUGGACUUCACCGCGGGUGAGGAGGAUCGUCUGGAGAUUGCCAUUAAGGAGCUAUACGAUUCUGGCCUCCGUGUGGUCGUUGCCGGCUCCACUGUCGGCGACUUGGCCAUGCACUACCUCAACCGUUUCAAUAUCCUGGUCAUUAAGAUUCUGUCUAAGUUCGAGCUCCGCCGCUUGUGCCGCGUUGUCGGUGCCACACCUCUGGCUCGCCUGGGUGCCCCCAUGCCCGAUGAGAUGGGCCAGAUUGACGUUGUCGAGACGACCGAGAUUGGCGGUGACCGAGUGACCGUCUUCCGCCAGGAGGAUGCCAACGCCAUCACCCGCACAGCAACCAUUGUCCUGCGCGGUGCCACCCAGAACCACCUGGAGGACGUUGAGCGUGCCAUCGACGACGGUGUUAACGUCGUCAAGGCCAUCACCAAGGACCCCCGUCUCGUGCCCGGUGCCGGUGCCACGGAGAUCCAGCUUGUCGAGCGCAUCUCCAACUUCGCCGACCGAACCCCCGGUCUGCCCCAGUACGCCAUCCGCAAGUUCGCCGAGGCCUUCGAGGUCGUCCCCCGCACACUCGCCGAGUCUGCCGGUCUCGAUGCCACCGAGGUUCUCUCGCGUCUGUACACCGCACACCACCGCGCCGCUGCUCCUGGCGAGUCAUCCGAAGAGGAUGACGAGGAGGAGGGUAGCUCAUCUGAAGAGGAGGAACCCUACUGGACUACGGGUGUGGACCUUGAGAUUGGCGACUCCGACGGCACUCUGGACACUGUCGAGGAGGGUAUUCUAGAUCUUAUGGCCACGAAGAUGUCUGCGAUCCGUCUGGCCAGUGAGUCUGCCCGGACGGUGCUGAGCGUCGACCAGAUUAUUGUCUCGAGACAGGCAGGAGGCCCCAAGCCUCCGCAGGGUGGCGGUGAUUGGGACCAGGACUAA